AUGGUAACAAAAACUAAAAAUUGCGCUUAUUUGAACUGUAAUGUGGAAGCGGUUGGUAGUAAAACAGUCAGGGGGAUCAAAACGUUUAUAGUAGACUUCAAAAUGUCUUUUUCAGGCGUGAAGGGAAGGUUUCCAGUGAUAUGGUUAAGAGACUGCUCUCCCGAUCCUGCCACCUAUACAAUCAGCCCACCUAUGGUAGCUCGAAACCUUACAAUGAAUGAAUUUGACGUCGAACAAUCUCCAGAUUUUGUUCGUUUGGAAAAUGAUCAGCUCGUCAUUGAUUGGACAGACACCCAAUUUGAUUCCAUCUGGCUACGAACUCGAAAUCCUUCCGACAAAGAAGUAGCCAUUCGCAGGAAACGUGUCUACCUCUUCCCCGAGACCACUUGGGGUAAAGAAGACAUAGAAGGGAGGCUGAAGAAGUUCGACCAUAAAGCAGUAAUGAACGACGAUAAGGCUCUACAUGAUUUCCUGGAAGCAGUGUGUAUGGAUGGAAUAGCUGUCAUCAAAAAUGGCCCUACUAAUUCAAGAUCGGCUGUUCCAGAGCAAGUUUUCGAGGUUACAACAAAAGCAGAAGCUAGCAAUAAGGCUUAUGCAUCAAAUGGAGCUCUUCCAUUCCACACGGACUUUCCCUCGCUUUCUCAUCCUCCACAGUUACAAAUGCUUCACAUGAUUCGAAGAGCUGAAGAAGGAGGCAACAGUUUGUUCGUCGAUGGCUUUCAUGUUGCAGAGCAGCUACGUCAAGAAAAACCGGACGUUUUUGACAUUCUGUCAAAGCAUUCAUUAGAAUUCAUCGAAGAAGGUUUUGACAUUCACGAUGGGUCCGAUGGUAAUCCGAAGAGAUUCGAUUACAACAUGUGCGCACGUCAUCGCACCAUAAAACUAAAUGAGAACGGUGAAGUAAUCAAAAUCCAAUUUGGCAACGCUAUGAGGAGUUGGUUUUACGACUGUGAUCCAGAAAAAAUCCAAGACAUUUACAGGUGA